AUGCCGCGAAGAAACGGGGCUUCAACGGCUACUACAGGCGCCCACGACGAUACCUCAAUGAUUUCCAACGCCACGACAUCAUCUACCCACGCACAUCCCACGCCGAAGUCAUCUCGACAGUCAGGUGGGGGGAAGCCAGACGAUAGUGUCGGUAUUGAUGACUUACUCCUACCACGAACACUGACAUCCCGUCUGGCUCGCGGCGUCCUCCCGGCCAACACCUCCAUACAGAAGGAUGCAACACUUGCCCUGGCAAAGUCCGCAACGGUAUUCAUAUCCUAUCUGGCGCAUCACGCGAAUGAACAAACCACGAAGAAAACCAUUAGACCCCAAGAUGUUAUCCAGGCGUUAAGGGAGAUUGAAAUGGCUGGCGUGAUGGAAUUGGGUGUGGUAGGCAAGGAUGGACGACUCGGGGGCCGGCUGGAACGAGAGAUGGAGGUUUAUGAAAACACAAUGAGAGGAAAGAGGAAAGGGUAUCGGGAUAAAAUCAAAGCCAGGGAGAGCGGUGGCGGUGCGCCAGACGCGGAGGUAGAGGGUACCGAUGACAGAGGGGAGCCGAGCAGUAAAAGGGCCCGGAGGAUGAACGAGGAGGAUGAAGAUGAGGACGAAAGGAUGCUUGAGCAGCAGCUUAAUGGCACUGGAAUAGAGAUUAGAUAUAGUUCGGUCCCGAAAGGGAGGCGGAAUACCAGUGGGACAUCGCCGACCGCGAGUAGGAAAGGAAAUGUGGCUGUUGAUGAAGAGGAGGAUGAGGAAUCAGAUGCCGAUGAAGAAGGAGAAGGAGAAGGAGAAGGCGGUGAUGAAGACGAGGAAGAAGAUGAAGAUGAAGAUGAAGAGAACGACGAGGACGAACAGGAUGACGAUGAUGAUGAAGACGACGACAUUGACAACGCACGACAUCCCAAUAGCACCCGCAGUAGCAGAGGGAAGGUAGGACUCAUGCCCGAUGGAAACAUUGAGAUGGGAAGCGAAGAUGAGAGUGAUUGA